ACAGAAAACCCCAAUCACUCGUUUCUAGGGUUUAUCUAUCACCCCGUCAUCUUCGUCGGCGAGAUUAGUUUCGGACUCCGUCGAUUUCGAUUUCUCAGAUAUGGGUGACAAGAGGAAGAAGACGUUCAUGUUCAUCCGUCUAGUUUCAGCAGCUGGGACUGGAUUCUUCUAUGUCAAGAGGAAGAGUACCAAGGGACUUCUUGAGAAGCUCGAGUUCCGUAAGUACGAUCCUCGUGUUAAUCGUCAUGUCCUCUUCACUGAGCAGAAAAUGAAGUGAUGACACACAAAACAUGCUUGCUUGUUUAUGCUAUCAUUCUUGUUACAAUUUAGAACUUGUAUCGAAACUGUUUGUUGAAUUCUCUAAAAACAUAAUUAAGUGCAGUUUGAUUAGUAUUGUUAUCAAAUUUUAAUAAUUCCAACGAGAGCACGAUAUUUGUUAGA